AUGUCUUCUACGCUUUAUGGCCAACCCGCCACGUCCCAACAGAAUGUCGCGCCUUACAUAACUCAACUCCUCUUGAAAAGCAAUUCGAUCCCGCAACGAUUCAUCCGCAAUCACUUCGCCAUGAUCGGAAGCUCCACGUUCGACUAUAUCUGGGUCAAGUCAUGGGUCAUCAUAUUGCAUUCCAUUGCCCCGGUCUGUGUCGUCUAUUGCAUGUUGUUGAGGUGGUGUCUGCCGAAAUCCUGGCGACUUCCUAUCUUCUUCGAAUAUUGGGCCGUGGCAGAGACCGUCUUCUGUCUGGUUUUCUAUCUCUACAAGAGACGUCAACUCCAGCGUCCGGCCGUCAAUCCUCCUGCUCUAUCGAAAGAGGAGCGGCAGAAACUCUUCCACCUUUGUCAGGAGAGCACGCAGGAUGCCAUCCGAUACCUGUCAGGCUGGUUCCUCUAUACACCUCUAACCGCCCUCAAGCGCGAGAAUGUCAAAGAUUUCUUCCGAUGGGCCUUUUUCAACACCGACCUGACCGAUAGCGCCUACGAUGAUGAAGUGGAAGAAUAUGUGCAGAGCUUCGAACGUCGCGCGGGGCUCGAUUUCGAGCACGGGCGUGCUGAUGUCAAGUGUCUCCGGUUGACCUUGGAUAAAGUCGACGCUCUCCAUCGAAGUCUAGUCUGGUACUGGUCCUUACUGUGUAUCUCCGUUGUCGACGUCCUCACGCAUGCCUACCUGCGCUUCCACGACUUCCACCACUACCGUGCUUCGAUGAGGCAAUUGUUUUUCGACGUCUUCCCUCCACGGCCGCUGUCUCUCCUGACAACCCACCGUUCUCCUGCCAAGAAUCUGACCUACUGGUAUCGCCCCCAUACCUCUCGGACGGAGCUGCCGAUUCUUUUCCUCCACGGUAUCGGAGUCGGCCUGUACCCUUACAUGGAAUUCAUGAAGGAAUUGAAUCAAGGACGCCAGGCCGAGGAUGGCGUCAUUGGGAUCCUUGCCGUUGAGAUGCUACCCAUAUCGUCUCGAAUCACGUCGCCUUUGCCUCGGAAGCAAGAAAUGUGUCGACAGCUUCGGACCAUCUUACAGCACCAUGGGUUUGGGCGGUAUGGCUCGGUGAUCUCUACACAUCUUCUGAAGACGCCCGAACUGGCGAGGAUGAUCGCGUCAGUCGUCCUCGUCGAUCCGGUGUCCAUCCUCCUUCAUCAACCGGAUGUUGCCUAUAACUUUACUGUGCGCAAACCCAAGCUCGCUAACGAAUGGCUGCUGUGGUACUUUGGCUCCAAGGAUAUGGGAGUGGCGCACACGCUCUCCCGCACCUUCUUCUGGUCCGAGAACAUCCUGUGGAAGAACGACCUCUUGAGCCAUCACGCUACCGUCUUCCUCGUCGGCAAAGACUCAAUCGUCAACGCCCCCCUCGUUUACGAAUACCUGCAAUCACCCAGGGGAGGCGAGGUAAGUAGGACCGAGCGCGUCAGCGACAACGGCGAUGUCGUGCCGGAAGACUACGGUUCAGAAAGGUCCAUGGCAGAAAAGGACAUUUGCAGGGGUGAUGACAGGCUGAACGUGGUGUGGUGCCCGAACCUCGACCACGGCCAGAUAUUUGAUCUGCCGCCCUGGAGGAAACAGCUGGUGGACGAGACUCUCGCUCGCACGCGGGGUGGCUUCGUCGUGCAACCAAGGGGCGUUAGAUUUCUGGCCCCUAACACCACUACAAUCUACACUUGA